CCGAAACAUUUCAGUGGCAGCCGGAGCCCGGUUAUCGGCUCUUCAAAGGCUUCCAGUGUCCCCUAGCUCCUCCCUCUCUGUACCGUGUGACAACAACAACUCAUCCACAGAGCGGAGCUGCACUUUUCAGCUCAUUUUCCUCCUGUCAUUCCUCCUCCUAUCUUUGAUCAUUGUCCCGCCGCGCGCCCCCCCAGAACCCUCGCUCAGCACGCCUUUUUUUCGGCCGCUCUUUUCACUUCCCAACUUAUCUGAGGAGCUAAACUCUCGUGGAUUCUUUCGUUUGGGGGUGUCUCGGCAGGCUGGGUUUUCUACUUUGAACUUCGGCUACUCUCUUCCCCUUCUGUAGGUGACCAUGGCCGUGCCGGCUGCUCUGAUCCCACCAACUCCCCUCGUCCCGCCGCCUCCGAUCUCGACUCCCUCCGCCACGACGUCCCCGCCGUCGACAACUUCCUCGCCGUCUCCAUCCCUGGCCCCCCCAGGCGGACCCGGACAGAACCUGUUCAGAUCAGAGCUCCUCGCCAGCGGCAGCCCGGGCAUCCCGACGCCGACCGCGGCGCUGCCCCCCAGCAAACCCGUGUACUCGACCCCGUCGCCUGUUGAGAACAUACCGCAAAACAACGAGUGCAAGAUGGUCGAGUUGCGCGGCGCCAAAGUGGCUUCUUUCACCGUGGACGGCUGCGAGCUCAUCUGCCUUCCGCAGGCGUUCGACCUGUUCCUGAAGCACCUGGUCGGCGGACUGCACACGGUCUACACCAAGCUGAAGCGGCUGGAGAUCACGCCGGUGGUGUGCAACGUGGAGCAGGUCCGCAUCCUCAGAGGUCUGGGCGCCAUCCAACCGGGCGUGAACCGCUGCAAACUCAUCUCCAGAAAAGACUUCGAGACUCUGUACAACGACUGCACCAACGCGAGCUCCAGACCCGGACGGCCCCCGAAGAGGACCCAGAGCGUGACAUCACCAGAGAACCCCCACAUAAUGCCCCACUCGGUCCCCGGCCUCAUGUCCCCUGGCAUGAUGCCACCCACAGGCCUGACAGCAGCGGCGGCAGCUGCUGCCAACGCAGCCAUCGCAGAGGCCAUGAAGGUCAAGAAGAUCAAGCUGGAGGCGAUGAGCAGCUACCACAGCAACGCCAACCACCACGGGGCCGACGGGGAGAACGGAGACCUCAGCUCCAGCGUCGGCUUGGAACUCCCCUUCAUGAUGAUGCCACACCCCCUGAUCCCAGUCAGCCUGCCCCCAGCCUCUGUCACCAUGGCAAUGAGCCAGAUGAACCACCUCAGCACCAUAGCCAACAUGGCUGCUGCAGCACAGGGCCAGAGCCUGCCCUCCAGAAUGGUCACGUCUGUCAUAAAGGGGCUGCAGGAACGGGUGCCGGACAGUCCUUCCCCUGCUCCAUCCUUAGAAGACAACAGGAGGCCGGGCAGUCACCCGUCGUCCCACCGCAGCAGCAGCGUGUCCAGCUCCCCAGCCCACACAGAAAGCUCCUCAGACAGGAUACCGAUACACCACAAUGGCCUGUCCAUGAACCAAGCCUUGCUAGGCCUGUCCCCCAACAUGCCGCCUGGGCCUAAAGAAGGAGACCUGGCCCAUGACAUGACCCAUGAAGCAAAGAGAAUGCACACUGACAAAGAAGACAACCCGAUGUGCACCCCAACAGCAAGAGAUAGCUACGAGAGACUGUCGUUGGCCGGCCAGGCUCUGCCUCCGGGUUUCCCCUCACCAUUCCUCUUCCCAGACGGCUUGUCGUCAAUAGAGACACUCCUCACCAACAUACAGGGCUUGCUCAAAGUGGCAAUUGACAACGCGCGGGCCCAGGAGAAGCAGGUGCAGCUGGAGAAGACGGAGCUGAAGAUGGAGCUGUUCAGAGAGCGGGAGCUCAGGGAGACUCUGGAGAAGCAGCUCGCCAUGGAGCAGAAGAACAGAGCGAUCAUCCAGAAGCGUCUGAAGAAGGAGAAGAAGGCCAAGAGGAAACUCCAGGAAGCUCUGGAGUACGAGUCCAAGAGGAGAGAGCAGGUUGAGCAGACUCUGAAGCAGCCGUCGCCCUCUGACAGCAUGCGUUCACUCAACGGUCAGAUGCUCCACAACUCUCUGACCCCUGAGAUGGAGAGUGACCGCAGCAGUGGAAGAACAGAUGCUGAAAGGACAAUACAAGAUGGAAGACUGUUCCUGAAAACCACAGUGAUGUACUGAUAAGGCCGCGAGGAGCUGGAGGAAAUAAAAAUUUCACAAAAAAGGAAAAAAAAAGAAAUAAGAACCCAUGAAGAUUCUCAAGAGCCCUAAUCCAGGCUGAUUUAGUAGUGGAAAGAAGUCAAGCUGCUUGUAGGAGUUGAGUGGAAAGGAUGCUGUGUUCACCCAAAUGCUGGAGGAGGUUGGGCCUGAAUGUAGAGUAAGUCUUUUUCAUCAGAGGCCGACAUGAAAUAGUCCGUUAAAGCGGGUGCUGACGUAACGGCCGACGUGAAGGAUAAACAUAUAUAUUGAGCACAGUAAAAACGUACCCGUGGUACAGCGUUGGUAACAACUCAUAAAUUCACAGCACUGAAGAUUUUUAUACUCUGUCUCAGCCAGCGAGAAAGCUUCACUACGAAAUUCGACAGAAGUUUCGGUUUUGUAUUUCAAAUUGAAUUUUGAGACGCUAAAAGUGAAACCUUGCGGGUGUGUGGGGGGGGGGGGGGGGUGAAGUCAUCCAUGUGUCGAUCAAAAGAGAAGACUGAUGUUUGAUUUACACGUUUUCUAAAUUAGAUGACAAUACAAUCAAGUUUCCUUUUUACCAUUGUUGUAUAUACAAGAUGUGAUGAAAAUGAUAGGAAGACUCGCUCUGUGGAAGCCGAGUGGAUCGAUAAGGUAUGUGUAUAUAAUGUUAAGAGGUAUUGUGUAUGCAGUAGAGCUAUUAGGCAAACAAUACCACCAUUUAUAUAAACCUACAGUUUUGGUUUGUUCUAUUUCUGAGCCAUCAUUCUUUCCUAUAGCUGCCAUUUUGGUGAGAAAGCAUGCAGGCAUGUAAAUGUUUGUCCUGGAACUAUGAUAUUUAAUAAAUCCUAUAUUGUGCUGAACAAAUACUAGGGUUGACUCACUCAAGCCCAGAUGAUUUUGAAAAAAACAUAAGUAUCAAACGUUUCACUCUCAAAAAUGAAGACUUUUGCUGUCAAUAGUACUGUAAUCUUUGUAACAGAGGUAAUAUUUCUUGGAAUUUACUGUACAUUUUUGUCAUGAGACACAUUCAAACGUCAGCACCUCUCGAUGCUUUUAUAAAAAAAGAAAAACACAACAUCCGGACUGAUUUGGAUCACGUGUCGGCUCGAGGAACGAACACGUUUGUAUCUGAAUGCCGUUGAAUUAUUGCUUCAGUCCCUGUUGAACCUACGUGCACACUUUUGUAGAGCGUUUCAUGAAACCCUGAAGGGAAAAAAAUACAAAAAACCCUAAGUUAUGAUUUUCCUGUUACUUUCCCUAAAGACUUUUGAAUUCCGGUGCUGCAACACCUGUGUAUAUUCUCUAAACAUAAGCUGAUGUCAGUCCUUUAACUGCAGACCAGUUUGAACCCUAUGUGUUACAAUCAGAGAGGAAGAGGACGGAAGAGGAGAGUCCCAUGCUCACGAUGUGUUUGUUCCUUUUGUUCUCAAUGGAGUGUCUAGGUCUGUUGUCACUGAUAACUUAUAUAGCUUCUCGAAUCAUCUCAUUGUAAUUCAAAUUCAAAUAAAGUUAACAUGUUGAUGAUAA